AUGGAGAGGAACGUCAAACUCGAACUCCCGGAUGAAACCGGAAUGACCCCCCUUUUAUGGGCAGCUGUCUGGGAACAUGAAGAGAUCGCAUCUAUGUUAUUAGAGCGAGGGGUUGACCCCAAUUGUGAUAACGAGAACUUGCGUACACCACUCUCAUUUGCAGCUGAAAACGGGCAGAACUCGUUGGUGUCUCUUCUUCUGGAAAAGGGCGCCUUGCCGAAUAAAGGUGCAGAAGAAUCACCCCUGAUAUAUGCUGUGACGGAUCCGUACUCCGAUGAUUAUAGCAUCGUUGAGCUUCCCCCGUUAGUACUCGCAGCAUCCCAUGGGAAUGAAGAGAUGAUGAAUCUGUUCCUCAAACGAGAUGCCGACUCGGACAAAGUCAAGAAAGAUUAUAUUUGGAUGGCUCUAGUUGAGGCUUGCAGGGAAGGAAAAGAUGGCGUGGUGAAGUUACUACUUGAUCAACGUCCAUUCGAUGGCCUGGAGGGAGAUAAUGUGGAUGAUGGACCGUUUUAUUAUGCGAAACUUUGGGGACAUGGCGAGAUUGUCGAGCUAUCACGGCCGUACUGUCCCCACUAUGAGUCUGAAUGA